AGUACGCGGGGGCGGACCGGGAGGCUGUGGCAGUUCAUCCGUCGCCUGCAGGCGGGGCAGCUCUCAUUCAAACCAUGACUAUAUAACGAGCUAGGAGAAGCGGGGUUUUAUACUAGCAGGGGAAAAGGGGGUUGUUGUAGAUCGGAGAGCCCCAGACGGUGGAGAUAGCAACGAAACUAUGCAUCAGCAUUCAGGUGUCUGCACCAUGAAUGAAGUGCUAAAGCAAGCUAUCGCCUACUUCAUUCUACUGCCUCGUUUCUUCGUCACAGCCCUGAUGCUGUGGUUACUGGACUUUCUAUGUGUUCGCCGGCGGAUUCUACUGCAUAUGAACAGGAGCCAGGAAGCCAGCCAACUACCUGAGGAGCCAGCCGUCUGUGUCUCAGAUUCGAACCGCAUGUUUACUCUAGAAUCACUGAGGGCAGUAUGGUAUGGCCAGAGGCUGGACUUCUUCAAGGCUGCACAUACUGGUUUGGCAGCACCAAAUACAGAAGUCAUCAAGCUAGAGGGGCAACACAAAGCCAAAAUCUUGGAGUUUGGAGGCGGCCAGAGACCACUUAUCCUUAACUUCGGAAGCUGCACCUGACCCCCCUUCAUGGCACGUCUGAAAGCAUUUCGGGGAGUCGCUACCCGGUACAAAGACGUUGCCGAUUUCUUACUUAUAUACAUUGAAGAAGCCCACCCAUCAGAUGGCUGGGUCAGCACAGAUGCCCCUUACCAAAUCCCAAAGCACCGGUGCCUGGAAGAUAGAGUGAAAGCCGCACAACUAAUGACUCUAGAGAUCCCUGACUGCCUUGUGGUAGUUGACACUAUGGACAAUGCUUCCAACGCAGCAUAUGGGGCUUAUUUUGAGAGGCUCUAUAUAGUUCAGCAAGAGACAGUUGUGUACCAGGGGGGGCGGGGUCCAGAAGGGUACAAAAUAUCUGAACUUAAAAGCUGGCUGGACCAAUACAAGAGCCAGCUAAAUAAUUCAAGCACAGUUGUCAUCCAGGUUUAAGUGUUAAUAAACUUGCAGUAGGAUCGUUCCUGUUGCUUUAGAGCUUGACUGUGAUAACCAGUAUUAUGACUUCACUGGACUAAUGAAACAACAAGUAUGAAUAUGAUAGCUGUCUUUAUGAAAAGUGAAGACCCUUUCCGAUGUCUGUUCACAGUGACUGUACGUUUUAAUCUGACCUCACAAAACCCUUUGAUAGUGUUAUAUAUGUACAUGUGUCUAUGAAACUAUGCUUUUUACGUUUUUUGUAUGUGACUUUUUGAUAUUUGAAAAUACGUUCUCUUCUAAGCAGGCUGAUAGCAUCAUUGAUAUUUCUAAUGAUUUAUGAAGACCGAUUUUUAAAUGGAAGCUCACCACAAAGUCGGAUCUGAAGUACGAUUAUUUUUAGAAGUACCAAUGGUACAGUAUCACGUUGUUUGGAGUAGAUGUGCCAUAUUUAUGUGAUUGAUGCAUUUUAUACAAUGUAUAUGACUAUUUUUUUAAUCAACUCUUUUUUUUAAAUAAAAUAAAAAAACUGA